AUGGAAUCGGGGCAUGGUACCACUCUGCCUUGCCAUCUGAACUCCACCACGAGCCACCCCAAUGACACGGCUGAGGACCUCAGCACUACCGGCAGCCCCCUGGUUACUUCCCUGUUAGGGGGCAUAUUGGCCAUUAUGUGCCUCAUUGGGACGGCAGGAAACAUCUACACACUGGUGGUUGUCAACCUCUCCAUGAGACUGACUGGCUCCAUGUCUGUGUACAUCAUCCACCUAGCCUUGGCAGACCUUCUGUAUCUCUCCACCAUCCCUUUCAUAGUCUCCACCUACAUGCUGAAGGACUGGUACUUUGGAGAUGUGGGAUGCCGGAUCCUGUUCAGCCUGGAUCUCCUCACUAUGCACGCCAGCAUCUUCAUCCUCCUGGCCAUGACCACUGAGAGGUACCUGGCAGUUGUCAAGCCUUUGGAUACCAUAAGGAGGCCGAGGGGUUACAGAAGGAUGGUCACCAGCUUCGUGUGGCUGGUAUCCUUCCUCCUGACCUUGCCAACCAUGGUCCUCAUCGACGUACGGACCAGUAUCCAAGAUGGGGUGAUCAAACGCAUGUGCUACCCUACAUGGCAGAUGGAGGCCUACAAGGUGUACCUCACAGUUCUUUUCAACACUUGCAUCUUGGCCCCGGGAGUAAUAAUUUGCUAUUUGUACAUCCGACUUGCCAGGACUUAUUGGAGAUCUCAGACAGCCAUCUUCAGCACCAAGGAAAUGAAGAGAUGCCCCAGACAGAAAGUCUUGUACAUGAUAUUUAGCAUUAUUCUCACCUACUGGACUUGCUUUAUCCCGUUCUGGCUCUGGCAGUUGCUUGGCGUCUAUCACCACCAGACCAAUGACGUCACAGGCAACACGGUGGUCAAUUUCCUUGUGACCUGCUUGGCUUACAGCAACAGCUGCAUAAACCCUUUCCUGUACACAUUGCUGUCCAAGAAUUAUAAAGAGUACAUUAGGAGCCGGCAGAAGAAUGGCAUCAGCCUGUCCAAAAUCAAGCUAAAGAGGGGCUCUUCAAGGAGGUCGAUGUUAUCUGGAAGCCACAAAUACACAGAGACUGUGGCCAUUGCUCAGAUCAAAGGCAUCAACAGCGAGAAUGUUAUUCCCUUGUGA